GUCCGGCUUGACUAAACAAGAGGAAGUACCAGGGAGGGGUCCAUGGCAGAGAGAAGGCGGGAUUUGCGUGAAGUUUAGAGCAGAAAGAAAAGAAGAGCAGUCCAACAGUCAACUUGAGAAGUUAUGAUGGAAGUCAGCAGUGAUUCUCAGGAAAGAGGCCCUACUAACACUCUGGCAGAAGCAAACAACACCUCCUCCCUUCCCCCUUCAAGGCCAUGUCGACCCAAGCCUCCUCCUCCGACCUUCAAGUCCUCCCAACUCCCUUCUCGACCUCCUCUACCUGCAUCCACUCCUCCUUCACUACCUUUUUUGUCCAAGCCUACUUCUGUACUCCCCUCUACCUCACUUCCCUCAUCUCUCCCACUGCGUCUCUCUCCUAGCCCACACAUUGUUUCUCCCUCACUUCCCCUCCAGAGUUCUUGCACCACUGAGCUGAUUCCCUGCUUAACUCCUCUCCCUCCACCCUCAGUCCAGGCAGUGUCAACCUCCUUCUCCUCCUGCCUGCCUUCUCCCCCUGUCACCUUGCCACUCUCUCCAACACCAGCGCUGAGCCUUCUCGAUCAUUUGGUGGGGAGCAGUUCAGUAUGGCUCGCAAAAGGACUCACCCAAGAACAAAUCACAUGCAUCCUGGGAGAAGAGGCUGCUGGGGUCUUCCUGGUACAGAACAGAGAGGAGCAAGGGAUGACGCUGUCAGUGUGCCUGCCUGAGGAGCAGCAAGUAUUGCAAGUACAGAACGUGAAGAUCAAACAGCAAAAGACAUUUCUUCACCUGGAUGGUUCUGCUAUGGUGUUUGAUAACAUUUACAAACUCAUCUCCUUCUACUGUGUCAGCAGGGACAUCCUGCCUGCACCACUGAAGUUACCGCAAGCCAUUUCAUUAGCAACACAGAAAGAGGAACUGGAGAUCAUCGCUGCGAUGGGUGCAGACUUUUGGACAUCAGAUAUGAAUCAGAAGACAAAAAAACAGAACGUAAUUUUGGAUCAGAAUCACAACAAUGUUUACAUGUAUAUCGACCCAAUCACUUUGGCAGAGACUUCAACCAAGCAGCCAAAAGGCUUUUCUGAGUCCAAACUGCCAAUCAACACCCCUCACAGUAUAACCUCCUACUUGCUUGAUGGAGAAUCCCUUCAGAAAGAAAAAAAAGAGGUUAAAAAUCAGAUUAAAAGUAAGUCUUACCAGGACACAAAAUUCAAGCGCCCUCCUCCCAGGCCCCCCAGUUUGGGAUCAAGCUCAGGGAUGGGGCUUCUCUUUUCUGCUGCCCCACUGGAAAAAGGUUCCUCAUCUUUGACCUCUGCAACUGACAGAAAUGAGGAAGGAAAGAUCGUGGUAGGUGACAAAGAAGAGAGGAAGACAGCAUUGACAUCACCUCCUCCAUCAAGACCUUCCAUCCGCCCACAGAGUCGAGCCCCCACUUUGCUGCGUCCUGCUCCUCUCCACCGCACAUCCUCCAAGAACAGUAGAGAUGAUAGCGAGAAGGCACAAAAACUUGUGAAGGAAAUUGUAAAGGAGGGGGAAGGACUGAGAGAGGAAGAGAAACAAUGUCUGUCGGGUGAGAGUGUUGAACUGUUUAACAGUAUACAUCAAGUGGAGGCGAAAAGAGACAAAAUGAAGGAUAAAGGGGAUGAAAGCGAUGCGAGCAAUGAUAAAGAUGAAGACAAACAACAAAUUGGCUCCCAACCAUUAGUGAAGAGACCCACUCGUCCUGUACCUCAGCCGAGGAAAAAAACAUCCUCUCCAGACAGGCCUGACAGUGGAUUCACCAGUCAGAAUGCCGGGACAAGAGUAGGCCCUCCCUCCCCAACACGAAGGCCAGAUGUGUCACUGUACUCUCCUCAGGGGGGUACCAUGCUGGGAACAGAUCACGACUCCUGCUCUAACAGCAGCACUGAAGAAGAUGGAGACAUACACCAGGAACAAGAUCAAAACCACAAUAACCCAUCCGAGAAUCAUAGCAGUAAAAUAAAGCGGACGCCAACCACCUUUACGUUGGGCAAAGCUCGUUCUCGCCUGUCUACUGUAAUCACCGGCCUGAUCAGUCACGACCGCCGCCUCUCACAACGCAUUGUGGAGCUGGCUAGAGACCCACUGAGCUAUUUUGGUAACCUGGUGAAAGAGUAUCAAGCAUUCACCCUUGAGACCAUGUCCAACCACUCCACCUCCACUGAGUUGUUGCAGGAAAUUAGGCAGAUGAUGACUCAGUUAAAGAACUACCUACUACAGAGUACUGAACUCCAGGCCAUGAUGGAGCUACAACAUCAAUAUUCACAAGACAAACUGGAGAGCAUAGUCGAAGCAGCUCUAUGUAAGAGUGUACUGAAGCCACUGAGGGAACCUGUUUACCAUAAUCUGGAGAAACUACACACCAACAACGGCAGCCUUAAACAACUGGCGCAGAACCAGUCUGUAGUUCUCGGCAGUACCACCACAGCUCUGGGAGUCACCACUGCUGUCCCUGAGGCCUCAGCUAUGGAGAAGAUUAGCGUGAAACUCAGUAAUCUGCAUCUUGAAUAUUCUCCUCUAAAGAAGAUUGAGCUACUGCUGAAGGCUUGUAAAAUCAUCUAUGACUCCAUGUCUAUCAGCUGUCCAGGGCGGGCCCACGGAGCUGAUGACUUCCUGCCUGUAAUGAUGUACGUCCUGGCUAGAUCUAAUCUGUCAGAUUUACUGCUGGAUGUGGAAUACAUGAUGGAGUUGAUGGAUCCUGCGCUAACAAUAGGAGAAGGUUCAUAUUAUUUGACAACAACGUAUGGUGCCCUUGAGCAUAUCAAAACAUUCGACCAGCAGAAGUCUGCACCAGGUCAGCUCAGCAGGGAGAUUCAGGACUCAAUCCAACGUUGGGAGAGACGGCGCACACUCAACCAAGAAUGUUUGGAAAAAAAAUCUGUUCAGGACUUCUUGACAGUGUGCUGUCCUGACAUUGGUAGUAAUUCCUUAACGCUGGGCAUCCUUCCCACCACAACAAUCAAACAGCUGUCCGAACAAUGUGCUGCACGCUUUGAACAAGAUUCAUACAUGCUCAGCAUCGAUGAAGGUGCCGUUCGUCGACGUCUGGCCCCGACAGAGCUGGCACUGAGUGUGAAGAACCAAUGUCAACCAGGAACCUAUUGCUUCAUCUAUCACCCCAGAGACAAUGGACCAAUCCAACAAGCCUGCUGGCCUGGGCGCAGCUGCCCCACUAGCCAGCCCCCACGACCACCUUCACAAAGGGCUUUUAAAAAAAAUUUAGCUGUUGAUGAUGAAAAACCUGAAGCAGAGGCAAGCCUGAUUAGCUGGUAGUUGCUUGACCUCCGCAGCAUCUACUUUUGUAUUUCUACAUAACUACAACACUGGUGCCAAAUGUUUGAUAGAAAAUGCGGCUUUGCCCGGUGCUUUUCUGAAGUCUAUAACAAUUUUAUACCAACGUGUUUCUUGAGUCUUCUGUCCAAGCAAUGUAUAAAUAUAGUAUAGCAUGACAACUAUGUGCUUAAUUUUCUCAGCUUGGAAAAAUGGAUGGGGUCCGGAACUCCUUUUUGUAAAAUUAUAUUGUUUAUGCUACAAUGUAAUGUUAAUCAUUUUGUUUGUGUAUGUUAACAAUAUUCCAGUCCAGAAUGAACCAACCAUUAUAGAGCCGAUGCACAUAUUUUACAAUUGAAAAAUCCCAUGGCACACCAACAAAAGUUAAUGUCACCAAAAAUGGAUAAAUUAACUGUAUGUAGUUCCUGCCAUCUGAUUGAAGAGGAUUUUUUUUUUGUUUGUCAUUGUGUUUCACUGGCAUAAAUAGAUGAAUAAAGAUACAUUAUUUCUUGGAAAUAAAUUUUUUUUAGCAGUUACAUAAAAUUGGAUAACUUCCCACAGCACACCUGAAGAGCACUCACGGCACACUAAUGUACCCCCGGCACACUGUUUGGGAAUCACUGUUCUAUGGAAUGAAUAGACUUAGUAUUCAUCUAAAAGUUAAACAUAGCAUUGUUAAAAUAGUUAUUUGUGACUGUUUGUACCCUGCCUCCUGCCUGUUGACAGCUAGGAUAGGUUCCAGCACUCCCCGCGACCCUCGUGUGGAUAAGUGGCUAAGAAAAUGGAUGGAUGGAUGGAUGUCUUAUCACAUCCAAUGGUUUGCAUGUGGAGGUUUUAACUUGACUUCCUCUUUUAAGUAUGAAGCCUUUUAUUUUGAAAGGUUCGGACCAGAAUCCUCCAUUUUGGCGCAAUUAAAUAACUUCCCACUGCACUGGUAAAAAUGAAAGUUAAACAAGACAAAUGAAUUAAACCAAAUGCUCUGUAAAACAUUGAUUCCUUAACCUAUCCACCGAUGAGACACAGUUAAUGUUUGUGAUACUGUGAUAUGUUUUUGUGAAUUUUGUCCCAAUUUAUUAUGAUGUGAAGUUGCUAGUUUGGUGUUUGGUGAAGUUUUAGCUAAUUACUAACCUUGUAAUCUACUUUCUUUCCAUUAUGGUAAAGCAAUUUAUAUUUCA